AUGAAUGACGAAGAUAUCUUGUAUGAUUUGGCGUUGGAAACAUUAUAUGAAGAAAAUCUUGCGAAUCCUGCCGAAUUUCCGAAGAAAACAGAAGAAAAGAAGGAUAAAAUUGCUGACGAAAUUCGAAAACUCCUAAUAGGCUUUCGAGAAACAGUGAAGUCUCUUGAAAAUGAGGUGAAGGAAGCUAAGGAGAAUUUGAAAAAUGCUGCGCAAGCUGCUGGAAUUGUUGUUUGUCCGAAUUGUAACCAUCAUUUCAAAGAUCGUCAUCAUCUUUUGAGGCCACUUAAUAUGAAGGUGUUUCGAGCAAGUCGAUGCGUAGAAAUCGAGUUUCGCACAGUUGAGGAUCUCAACACUUGGCUCUACUUGAAUCAAUUGGAGAUGAACUCGGACGGGAUACCUACUAUUCUAAAGAAAAGCAACCCAGAACCCAGAACUGAGACUUUAAACAGUUUGGGUAGCAAGAUGCACGAUUUGGUCCGAAAGCGUAAAAUUGCGAAAGAGGGGGAUAAUAAUGGGUUGGAGAAAAACACGAGAAAGAUUAGCAAACGUCCUUUGUUAAAUGAAGCAAAGCCUCUGGAACACAGAAGUGCUGUCAAGAUUGAGACUAUUCCACCACGGGUGAAGAAACCUGUCGAAAAACAUAUAGAAAACAAAUUCGUGCAACCUAAAAGUGUCAACGACGAGAAAAGAACCGGCAAUAGAAUUUCAAAUCGUGCUGAAUGCUCUCGAGAUGUUGAUAGAAAAGACGAUCGCAGGAGACAAUUAUGCGGCAAUGUGGAUGUGUCAAAGUAUUAUGGCCAACGAUUGGAAGCAGGGAAAUAUGAUGAUAAAGAUUUUAAAGCAAACCCAAUUGAAUCAGCAUCAAGAUUUCAAACAAAUAAUAAGGAUCGUGGCGAAACAGUUCAGAGGUUUGGAAUUCAGAGAUCCGAAUCUGGGCGGAAGUCCUCGGAAUAUUGUCAGCAACCGAGACAAUGUACUGCAGAAAAUUCUAGAAGAAAUCAAACCAAGAAACCGCAGCGAAUUGAAAAUGUGCUAAAUUCUUCAUCAGCAUGUAAUGACCCAGUACCAGAACCAACUCGAAAAGUACGGCGCAAAAUUGUGUUUGACGAGGAUCCAUCAACACAGCCACCUCCGAAAUUGCAUGCUCCUAUCGUUGAUAAAGCAGUGACUUACAAAGUGCCAGUAAAGUCGGCACCAGCGGUCUAUAAAGUUCCAGUUCGUCGGACUUCAUUAAAUAAUCCAACAUACAAGGUUCCUGUAACGAAAAGCGUAGCUACUGUUGCGACAACAAAAUUCUCGACUAAGGAUAUUUCGGAAAUUUCAAGUGAAAAGCCUAAAAAACUAAACGAGGCAAUUUCUGAUCAUCCGGAUGUAUCAGCAGAAGUCGAAGAAGACGAAGAUGAUAUGAGCUAUUGGUUAACUGGAGAUGUGGAAAUCGACUCAGAUGAGUUAUCUUGUGAUGAUUUGGAUUUCCCUGAAAGUGCUUCUACUGAAGUUUCGUUUACUUGCGGAGAAGAAGAUGAAGAUGGAAGUGAUCCAAUGCCGACUAAAGAUUUGAAUGUUGAUAUUAAAUUUGACCAACAUCUUCAGGACGAAACUAAUAAAUCUUCGAAUUACUCUCAUUUGUCAAGCCCUGAGAUGAAGACAAGUGGUUCGGACGAGGUAGAGGAGCUUGAUUGGGGCUAUGAUGAUGAAGAAUUGUACCAACCAUCUGAGAAGCCAAACGAGGAAGAAAAAAAUGAGGAGCAAUUGAAGGAACAUUCGGAUGAGGGUGAAAUAACCGACGACAGUCCGGCAUCAUCUCCUUCUGGAGUUCCGGGUCGACAAAGCUGCGAGGAAAAUCGGCCGAAAUCUCGAAGUCAUCAUUGGGCGAAAUCGAAAAAUAGUUUUGUAAAGAAUAAUGGAAUGCUGAAACGGCUUCAUUUUAAUGUUCAAUCACAGUAA